AUGGUCGCGAAGCCGGUGUCUGGCGGCGUCUUCGCCACGGACAAGCUCACCGUGGACACGUCCGUCGGCGUCGUCCUCCCUUACGACGAUGCUUCGGAGGAGCGAGGAGGAGCACCAGCAGAAACAACAGCAACACCGACAGCCGGCAAAACAAACGAGCCAUCAACGCCAGGGAACAGCCCCUACGGCCAGACGCAGCGCGGCCUCUCCCCGCGGCACGUCCAGCUCAUGGCCAUCGGCGGGUCCAUCGGGACGGGCCUCUUCGUGGGCAUCGGCGGGGUGCUGUCCAAGGCCGGGCCGGGGAGCCUGCUGCUCGCGUACGCGCUCUGGGGCGUGCUCUUCGUGUGGCCGUGCAACCUGUGCAUCGCCGAGAUGUGCGCCUACCUGCCCGUCCGCGGGAGCAUCUUCGAGCUGGCGGGCCGCUUCGUCGACCCGGCGCUGGGCUUCGCCAUGGGCUGGACGUACCUGUACGCGGGCGUCAUGCUCGUGUGCGUCGAGUACAGCGCCGUGGCGACGGUGAUGCAGUUUUGGGCGAGUGACGUGAACCCCGCGGUGUGGAUCGCCGUGGCCAUGGUGGUGUGCGUGCUGCUCAACGUGGUGGCUGUGAAGUGGUACGGCGAGGCCGAGUUCCUCAUGGCGUCGACCAAGCUCCUGCUCCUCCUCUUCCUCAUCCUCCUCACCCUCGUCACCAUGUGCGGCGGCAACCCGCGCCACGACGCCUACGGCUUCCGGCACUGGACCGGCGGGCUCGCCAUGCAGCCGUACCGCGUGGAGCACCCCGUCGCGCUCGGCCGCUUCCUCGGCUGGUGGAAGGCCACCAUCUACGCGGGCUUCACCAUCUCGGGCCCGGACAUGAUGGCGCUCGCGGCCGGCGAGAUCCAGAACCCGCGCCGCACCAUCCCCCGCAUGGCGCGCCUCAUCUUCUACCGCCUCGUGGGCUUCUACGUCGUCGGCGUGCUCGCCGUGGGCGUCAUCUGCAGCUCGCGCGACGAGCGGCUCAUGGGCGCGGUGCAGGGAGGGAGCGACAGCGUCGGCGCGGCGGCGUCGCCGUGGGUUAUUGGCAUACAGAACUUGGGCAUCGGGGGGCUGCCUGACAUGAUUAACGCGUUUAUCCUGCUGUCGGGCUGGUCGUGCGGGAAUGCGUACCUGUACGCGUCGUCGCGGACGCUGUACGGGCUCGCCAGGGAUGGCCAGGCCCCUCGGAUCUUCCUGCGCUGCACCACCUCGGGCGUGCCUGUGUACUGCGUCCUCGCCGUCUCGCUCGUCACCUGCAUCACCUUCCUCGUGUCGUCGACGUCGGCCGUCUCCGUCUUCUACUGGUUCGUCGACCUCACGACCACGGGCCUCAUCGCCACCUACACGGCCAUGCUCGUUGUCUACCUGGGGUGGUACCGCGCGCGCCGCGCUCAAGCCAGAGACUCGUCCCUUGGCGGAAGCGCGCACCCGGCACACCCCUCACAACUGCCGUACGUCGCGCCCUUUGGCCCCUGGCCCGCGUGCGGCGCCCUCGCGCUCGGCUGCACGGCGCUGCUCUUCAUCGGCUUCGACGCCUUCGGCCCGUUCAGCGCGCAGGCUUUCGUCACGAGCUACUUUUGCCUGCCGUACAGCGCGGGCCUGUUUAUCUUCUGGAAGGUGUGGCGGCGGACGCGCCUGGUGAGCCCGCGCGAGGCAGACCUGCUGGCCGGCAAGGCCGAGGCGGAUGCCGAGUGCAGGGUUUGGGAGGAGGGCGGGCUGGAUGAGAAUUGGCGGGCGGUGCUGGCGGCGAUGCCGUUUUGGCGGCGGUGCUGGGAGCGCAUGUGGUAA